CAAAUUAAAGCCAAUCAAAGCGGAUCGGAGUUGAUUAGACAUGGAAACAACUGAGGAUAAUAGGUCUUCUACCAUGUGGAGAACAUUCAUGCUCGUCUUCAACUGCAUAAUACUAAGCAUAGGAAACUGCGGCGGUCCUCUUAUCUCCCGCCUCUACUUCCUCCGCGGCGGCAGCCGGAUUUGGUUCACAAGCUGGCUAGUAACCGGCGCCUGGCCGCUCACUUUAAUCCCUCUAGCCGCCGCAUACAUUUUCCGACGCACAACCGAAGGCUCCACUACAAAGCUCUUCUUCAUAACGCCGAAGAUGUUCGCCUCCGCCGCCGCCAUCGGCGUCCUCACCGGCCUCGACGACUACCUCUACAGCUACGGCGUGGCGAAGCUCCCCGUGUCCACCUCCGCGCUCCUAAUCGCCACCCAGCUGGCCUUCACCGCCGGAUUCGCGUUCCUGCUGGUGAAGCAGAAGUUCACGGCCUACUCGAUCAACGCCAUCGUGUUGUUGACCAUGGGCGCCGGAGUUUUGGCCUUCGGCGCCAGCAGCGACCGGCCCGCCGGGGAGAACACCAAGGAGUAUAUUCUCGGGUUUGUUUUGACGCUUUUAGCGGCACUUUUGUAUGGGUUUAUUCUGCCAUGGAUAGAAUUGAUGUACAAGCAGGCAAAGCAGGCGAUCACCUAUACGUUGGUUUUGGAGAUCCAGUUGGUGAUGUGUUUCUUUGCUACUCUUUUUUGUACCAUUGGGAUGAUCAUAAACAAGGAUUUCCAGGCAAUUUCAAGGGAGGCAAAUGAAUUCGAAAUGGGAAAAGCGAAAUACUAUUUGGUGGUAAUAUGGACUGCCAUCAUUUGGCAGUGCUUUUUCGUCGGAGCCGUCGGUGUGAUAUGCUACGGUUCCUCGUUGUUGUCCGCCGUUGUAAUCGCCGUCUUGCUUUCCGUCACGGAGGUGCUAGGCGUCGUCUUCUACGGCGAAAAAUUCCAAUCUCAGAAGGGUAUCUCUCUGGCUCUCUCCCUUUGGGGUUUCGUCUCCUAUUUCUAUGGAGAUUUUAAAAGUCUCAAGACCAACAAGACAAUCAACAAAAGUCAAAACUCAGAGGCUCAAAUGGCCCAAACGCAAACCCUUCCUAUGUAAUCUACUCCAUUAUUAUAUAUAUUGAGAUUUCCAACAAAAAUGGUCUCAUUCAAUAAAAUUUAUAGUUAGUUCCAAAUACAUUUGGGAUUGAUUUACAAUUUGAUGUAUGAGUGUCCUGACUGUGAUAUUGUAAGGUAAAAGACAAGGAGUAAAUACAGAGGUAGUACUGGAUUCUUAGUAUUUGUACUAAAAAUUAAAUGUGAAGUAUAGUUUGGGAUUUGCAGAAUA